CUAGAAGCAAAUAUCUUAUUUGGCUUAGGAGGUUUUCUGCUUUUGUUUCCUGCUUGUUUGGCAGAGCACCGCGGCCUUCAACCGCUGCCUAUGAAGCCUCUAGCAGCACGGCGAUCGGCUACUGACGCGCUUGCUUCAAGCUAUAGUAGAAGAUCCUCAGUUUGCCGAACGCGUGUAAGACCUGUGGCGUUUAGGGAACGCGAUGAUAUCAAGGACUGGCGUGUGAAGGAAAUGGCUGACAGCUGCCGUACCUACUACUCUUCCCUUUGGAACCGAGGCCAGCUGACAGCUGCAGAGGAGCUUCUGGAUCCAAAUAUCGUACUGCGGGACCCCUGCAAUGUGGGGAACUGGGGACUGUCGAACGGCGGUAACAGCAGCGCCAACAGCAACAGCAGCACCAACAGCAGCAGCAAUGGUGGUAACUAUGUGGGUGGUGGGGUCGGCGGGGGCCUUAUCCCCGCAACGGGGUUGAUUGUGGGUCCCAAGGCGGUUCAGGCGCUGGUUUCCGAGGCACGAAGGCACUACCCGGACCUCCAUAUCGAGGUGGACGAGGUGGCGGUGAGCGACUCGCACCGCAUCUUCGCCGCCUGGACCGCGCGAGGCACCCCCGCGGAGCUCGUGCUAGAGCAACACCGCCUCCCCUACCACCAACCCCCUGCCCCUACCUCCUGGCCCUCCGCCUCCUCCGCCUCCUCGCACCCGACCGGCCGCUCCUCCUCGCAACACCCACAGCUGCCCAGUGCUCAGCCGCACAACCAACUGCACAACCACAACCACCGCAGCAGCAGGAACCAGCCGGGUUUCCUGCAUGCUAGGGCGCCGCAAGAGGCGGCCUGGGUUACUGGUACACCGGCUGCGCCUGCUAUUGUUGCUGGAGGUUCGGCUCCCCACGUUGCGGGUUUGGUGUUGCAUGGAGUGGAUGUGAUUACGUUCAACUACGACCGCAGCAGGAUAGCUGAGAUCACCACCUACCGGCAGCUGAGCGGCGAGGAGCGGCGAGAGGUGGAGUGGCGCCUCACGCCGCACCCGCUGGAGAUACGGCUGGCGAGGCUGCAGUGGUAGCGCUGGUCAGGGAGAGGGGCGCGUGGGCAGGAGGGAGAGGGGUGCUUAUGCAGGAGGGAGAGGGGGGUGCGGGCAGGAGGAAGGGAAAGGCGACCUGUGCAAGAUGCGCCACUACUGGUCAUACCUGCCAAUGGGUGGACGAGGACCGCUUGCCUGACUAGUACAAAACAUGGCAGGUGUACGAAUACUGACUCCUAUACAGUGUUAGCCGAAAGGUUAGGAGUCGAUAGGGGUGACUUAAGUAGACGAGGGUGGGCAUGGCAGGAGAGUUGGCAUGCCGUACAUAGCUGUGUAAAGCAUUUUACAAUGGAGGGCGUGGAUUAGGGAGUACACAGGCUUCGACUCCAUGACGUCAACAUGAUAGCACGGUGCCCAUUAUACAAGAGACGAGGCAUGCAUGGUGCGAGUCAGACGCCCUCUCGGCGUGAUUGACUUGCAGGGAGGAGG